AUGCGUGGUGCUCAGCUGCCGUGGGAGUGUGGGACUGAAGAGGAAGGUAGGAUGGUGAACUGGGUAGAAGUACAAAGGAAGUUGCUGGGUUUGCUGGCCGAAUACUCCAGGCUGCGGCGGCUCGACGUCGCCGUCGACGAUGCCGGCACGAUCAUGAGCUUCUGGGCGCCGAAAGACAAAGCAGCACCCGGUGAGCGGAGGAGCUCCGUCGUGCUCGUGCACGGCUUCGCCGGCGAUGGCAUCGUGACGUGGGGGCUCCAGGUCCCCGCGCUAGCCAAGCUCCACGACGUGUAUGUGCCGGACCUGCUCCACUUCGGCGGCUCGGCUUCCCCGUCGCCCGACCGGUCCACGGGGUUCCAGGCGGCGUGCAUCGCGGCGGCGCUGCGGAAGCUCGGCGUGGAGAGGUGCACGGUGGUGGGGUUCAGCUACGGCGGGUUCGUGGCGUUCAGGAUGGCCGAGGCGGACCCCGGUCUCGUCCGGUCGAUCGUCGUCUCCGGCUCGGCCGUCCACAUGACAGACGCCAUGAACGACGCGCUGCUAGCCCGGCGAGGCGCCAGGACGGUCGGCGAACUUCUGCUACCGGAGUCCGUCGAGCGGCUCAGGUCGCUCUUCUCCGCCGCCAUCUACCGGAGGCUUUGGCUUCCUGAUUGCCUGCUCAGGGACUUCCUCGAGGUGAUGUUCACGAACCGAAAAGAGAGAGGUGAGCUGCUCGAAAAUCUGGUGAUAAGUGACGCUGACGCGACAGUCCCUGACUUCCAGCAGAAAAUUCUGCUGCUUUGGGGUGAGAAUGACGACUUCUUCACCAUGGAAAUGGCGAAGAAGCUGAAGGAGGAGCUGGGAGAGAAGGCGACGCUGCGGAGCAUAAGCAAGGCCGGGCAUCUGGCCCAUCUAGAGAGGCCUUGCGUCUACAACCGCAUCCUCAUGGAGUUCCUGCAGUCUCAUGGCGACGCCGUCUGAUCUCUCCACUGCCAAGUGCCACUGUUUGUUCAUGAUUUCCUCUGUAUCCUCUUUUUUUAUCCGACGUUGCGACUUGCGAAUUGAAUUAAAUUUUCCUUGACA